UCGCCUAAGUGGAGACUGGCUCGUCUUUCCUCCGACCUUGUAAGAAGAGUAUUCGAGAACUCCUUAUAUCCUCCUUGGAGCCGAACUCCUCAGCUCAGACGCCAACUUUAGGGGAACGGUGAGUGGCGGUUUUAAAUUGGAUGAUCGACAGCACUAAGGUUCCUCAAGCCUUGAUGGAUUAGCUAGUUAUGACUGACAAGAAUUGCUGCAAUGGUCCAGUGCUGAAGUUGUCAUAUCCGUCAAGACUCUUCAGACUUUCACCAGCUACCACAACUAUCGCACAUUUUUCGAAGACUUCAUUUUGAGAUUGUAUAAACACAAACUUGCAUUAUGAUGGAUAUCGAAAAGCGAACUGGAUCGGUGGCUACAUCAAACCUUAGUGAGGCAUCAUUAUCUAUAGGAGCGGAUUCAAUUUCACACAUACUUCAAAAACUCGACGACCUAGGCCUUCAAUUAUCGGAUGAUAACAUUAUUAAGUGGCUGCCGGAUAAUCGAAAUCACCCUCGGAAUUGGCCUUUGAAACACAAAUUGACCAAUACUGCUUGCAUUUUCUUGCUUGAUACAAUCAGGUGUGUGAUUCCAUGCAUAGAUACUUGGAAUGUAAAUCAAGUCAUAGACCUGCUGGGUAUUUACUAAACCCAACGAAGUGCUAUUAUAGAAUCAGGAGGUGUUCGUUCCCCCAAUUCUUCUUCACAAUAAAUACUAAGGUUUUCAACAGUUGAUCGCGGCUACACCAGCAGCUACAGAAUAUGGUAUUUCUCAAACGCAGUCACUCGUUGCAUUUUCCCUCAUGUAAGCAUGCACCAGUUGUGUGUAGUCCCAAAGUAUCUUCUCAUCUGGUUUGUGUAGGUACGGAAUAGGUGAAGCCUUGGGGAGCAUUGUCUUUCCGCCAUAUUCAGAAGCUUUCGGAAGAAAACCGGUACUCAUAUGUGCUGCCCUCUUGUUACCAGUUAGUUGCUUGGUUACUGGACUUGUGCCUUCCAUUGCAGGAGCAUAUAUCGGACGAUUUAUCAUGGGUGCGGCCUCAUCUGUUCCUGCUACCGUUAUUGUGGGCAGUUUGGAGGAUAUGUGGAAGCCCCCAACCCAAGGCCAUGCCAUCUACGCGUGGGUCCUGUCAGCGGGGCUGGGGGUCGCUUUAGGGUAAGUGAAAUUGGACACCCUCUUGCAGAUCUGCAAAGAAGCAUUAUUGAAGUGCAGAGAUACCGGGAACAACAACUAAGUAAACAAACAGGCCAAUAUAUGGAACUUACAUCACCAAAGCACUUGAUUGGUAAGUUAAUCUCCCGUUCAUACACCCAAAACUUUCGUGUAGUACACGCUGUAACUAAUACAAGCUCCAAAUAUAGGCGGUGGUUGUAUCAUAUUGGUGCUAUCAUUUCUUUCUGUGUAUUUGUCCUCCUCCUAGGCGGUAUCUCCGAAACCCGCCCCAGUAAACUGCUUGGAAACCAUGUCAUCGCUGUGCAAUCAUACGCAGGAGUACUCAAACUCGGCACACAAACAGCAGAAGAUCAUGUUCCUAAUUUCCGUACUUUCUGCCAGAGUGCCAUUAUUCAGCCAGCAAGACUAUUCUUUCAGGAACCCAUCAUCUUUACGAUGGCAACCCUAGCGGCCAUAGCAUUCUCCUUAUUAUUUCUUUUCACUGAAGCCUUAGAUGUUGUAUUCAAACCGUAUGAAUUUACCCAAACUUCAUACUCAUUAGCAUUCACUGCAUACGCUAUAGGAAUGAUUUGUGGUAUUCCAGUCAGAUUGAUAGAAUUCCGUCAUCUUGAGAAGCGUGCCGAAACGGAGCAGCUUGAACCUGAAGACAAAAUACUUGGCUUUGCUACCGGAGCGUCUGCUUUGGCGGCCGGCCUUUGGCUCAUGGCUUGGACUACUCCACCUUUGGUUCACGGUAUUGACUGGGUUGUACCGAUGAUAGGGUUAGCAGGUGCUGGAUUUGCAAAUAACGAAAUUGAGUACGCGCUUGGGAACUAUUUAACGGAUGUAAGCCAAUGUACUCUUGCCUUUUCCUCUUUACCCAGACUGAUAAACACAGACAUACACAGUCUACGCAUCUUCGGCCUUCGCCGCAUAUUCGACUCUACGAGCUUUACUUUGUGGCAUAUUCCCUCUAUUCGCAGACCAGAUGUACAAUGGUUUGGGUUCGAAUGUCGCCGGUUCUAUACUAGCAGGGAUUGCUACUUUGUGGCUUAUUAGUCCUUACAUCUUCAAAAAGUAUGGAAAGAAAUUGCGGGCGAAGGGAAGGUUCGCAAAAUUUAGUCUUGAUGCUGGCCAAUGUUCUCGGCAAGCGGAGGUCGACAUAGUGGGAAGGUAAAUUUGCUGAAACUUUGGACAAAGGAAUUUGAUAUAAUUUGCAGCACUCAAAUAAACAGGCUCGGCCGAUGCUGCUGCAAGUAGAAGCAUGAUCGAUGGUAAUUAAAACCGCAGCAGGUCGAACUUAGUAUUCUACUAGAU